AUGGAGGGCGACAGUGCCAACACCAACCUCGAUGCGGCGAUAGAGUCGCUCCUGAACGUCGAGAAGCAGAUGAGGCUGGCCGGCGAUGUCGCCGGCACGCGGAAGGCCGUCAUCGACAUCGUCGAGCUCUGCUACAAGGCCGGCGCGUGGAAGACGCUCAACGACCAGAUCGUUCUCCUCUCCAAGAGGAGAGGCCAGCUUAAGCAGGCCAUAACUGCUAUGGUUCAGAAAGCAAUGGACUACAUUGAUUUGACACUAGACAUUGACACACGCAUCGAGCUAAUCAAAACACCGAGCAGCGUUUCUCUUUGGCAAAUUGUUCAUCUGCAGAUUUAUGUUGAGAUAGAGAGAGCAAGAUUGAUCAAAAGACUUGCUAAAAUCAAAGAGGAGCAGGGACAGAUUGACGAGGCUGCUGAUUUGAUGCAAGAAGUUGCUGUUGAAACAUUUGGUUCCAUGGCCAAGACAGAAAAAAUUGCUUUUAUUCUUGACCAGGUCCGGCUAUGCCUAGAUCGGCAAGAUUAUGUCAGAGCACAAAUUUUAUCAAGGAAAAUUAGUACUAGAGUAUUCGAAGCAGAUCCAUUGAAGGAAAAAAAGAAACAAAAGGAAGGGGACAAUAUUGUUCAGGAUGCUCCUGCAGACAUUCCAUCCCUACUAGAAUUGAAGCGCAUCUACUAUGAACUGAUGAUUCGAUAUUACAUGCACAACAAUGAUUACCUGGAAAUCUGCCGUUGCUACAAGGCGAUUUAUGAUAUUCCAGCGAUAAAAGAGGAUCCAACAAAGUGGAUACCGAUUCUUAGGAAGAUCUGUUGGUACUUGGUGCUAGCACCUCAUGAUCCUAUGCAAUCGAGCCUUCUCAAUGCUACACUUGAGGAUAAGAACCUUACAGAAAUCCCAAAUUUUAGAUUAUUGCUAAAGCAGCUGGUUACCAUGGAGGUCAUCCAGUGGACAACGUUGUGGGAGUUCGCCAAGCACGAAUACGAGAACGAGAAGAAUCUUCUCGGAGGAGCUUUGGGUGCCAAAGCUGCAGAAGAUUUGAAGCUGAGGAUUAUCGAACAUAAUAUCUUGGUGGUGUCGAAAUAUUAUUCUAGGAUUACCCUCAAGAGGCUUGCGGACCUUCUCUGCCUGAGUUUGCAGGAGGCAGAGAAGCAUCUUUCAGACAUGGUGAACUCAAAAUCUCUGAUUGCGAAGAUUGACAGGCCGAUGGGAGUCGUUAGUUUCCAGACAGCCCAAGACUGCAAUGGCACACUCAACUCAUGGGCCACAAACCUCGAGAAACUUCUCGACCUUGUCGAGAAGAGUUGCCACCAGAUACAUAAGGAGACCAUGAUCCACAAGGCGGUGUUAAAAGCUUGA